GGCUUCUCCUCGUUUCUUGGUGAUGGUGAAAUUGUAGGACUGUAUAUUGAUUUAGUAAUAGUCGGUUUAUCAAGACGCAUGAGGAAUAUGAAUUUGUCAGUGCUACUCAUAUGUCUAAAUUGAGGAAAUGUACCUUCUAUAUAACUGAAUAGAGUGUUGCUAUCGUUAACAUACUUAGUCCAGUCAGCGACGAAGUGUGCUUCAUCUUCCACCAAGUUUAAGGCGCACAAAUAAAAUUGACAAACUCUUUGUUCUAGAGGACGCACCCGUAGACUAUUCUGCACGUACGCCCACUCAGUUCGGCUUCUAUGUGAAACUAGGUCAUCUGACACCACCUUGUAUAAGCAGUAACCAUUCUAUCAUUUCCUUCUUAUGUUCUAUUACUACAUUAUACUUAAAUGUGAAAAACGAUCAUCACAACACUUGCAUGCAUGUUGGCUGACCCAGAUGAUAAACGUAUAACGUGUAAUAUUUCAUUCAAUGACUGGGUGUUUUCGAUUCUUCUUCGAUUAAAUUCCUGUCCGUGUUUUCAGCCCUCCAGCGUUUGUCAGCCUCUGAAUAGUACCGAUGCCGAAUCUGCUCGACCGGCUAAACGAACAAGUAGAUCGGCUCAAAGAGUUGGAAGAGGAUCACGACGAUCUUCUGUUUGCCUAUAACGAACUCCACACCAAGCUUGAGGACGAGGUACCUGGGGACUCUGACGUCAACACAAAGCUAGAGAAGCUCGUAGAAACCAAGAAAGCUCUUGAGAGCCAAACAGAGUACCUGAAGAAGAGACUUAAAGAACUAGAAAAUUCUCUGAAGAAGGCGGAAGCAAUGGAUCUGGAUAAAAUCAGCGAUAUCGGCAAGACCCUUCUCCAGUCAGUCCCGAAACCUGAUACAGAACCCGCCUUGAAUGGUCCUGAAAGCAAGCCAAAUGGGGAGCCUGCCCCGACAUCUAAACCUUCUGACGACCCUACUCAAUCUUCUCCAGAAAAAGCACCGACUCCCUCAGAACCUACGGGAGACAAUGAGCCUACGCCAGCCAAACCAGGAGAAGAACCUGCACCCACGAAGCCAACAGAGGAACCUGCGCCCACUGCACCAACAGACAAGCCUACACCAACGUCACCCGCAGACAAGCCUGCACCAACUGCACCCACAGACAAGCCUGUACCAACUGCACCAACAGACAAGCCUGCCCCGACUGCACCCGCAGACAAGCCUGCACCAACUGCACCUGCGGACAAGCCUGCACCAACUGCACCAACAGACAAGCCUGCACCAGCUGAACCCGCAGACAAGCCUGCACCAGCUGAACCCGCAGACAAGCCUGCACCAACUGCACCUGCGGACAAGCCUGCACCAACUGCACCAACAGACAAGCCUGCACCAACUGCACCAACAGACAAGCCUGCGCCAACUGCACCCGCAGACAAGCCUGCACCAACUGCGCCAACAGACAAACCUGCGCCAGCUGCACCCACAGACAGGCCUGCAUCAACUGCACCAACAGACAAGCCUGCACCAACUGCACCAACAGACAAGUCUGCACCAACUGAACCAAUUUCGCCAACAGACAAGCCUGCACCAACUGAACCAACUGAACCAAUUGCGCCAACAGAUAAGCCUGCGCCAACAGACAAGCCUGCACCAACAGACAGGCCUGCACCAACUGAACCAACUUCACCCACAGACAAGCCUGCACCAACUGCACCCACAGACAAACCUGCACCAACUGAACCAACUGCGCCAACAGACAAGUCUGCACCAACAGACAGGCCUGCACCAACUGAACCAACUUCACCCACAGACAAGCCUGCACCAACUGCACCCACAGACAAACCUGCACCAACUGAACCAACUGCGCCAACAGACAAGCCUGCACCAACAGACAAGCCUGCACCAACUGAACCAACUGCACCCGCAGACAAGCCUGCACCAACUGCACCAACAGACAAGCCUGCACCAACUGAACCUACAGACAAUCCUGCACCAACUGAACCCGCAGAAAGUCCUGCACCGACAACCCCCGCAGAAAAGCCUACAGCUACGGAGCCAACAAAACCUAUACCUACAAAGCCAGCAGACAAGCCUGCACCUAUGAAGCCAACGGAGGAACCAGCACCUACAAAGCCAGCAGAUCCUGCACCUACAACGCCAGCAGAACCUGCACCGACAACGCCAGCGGAACCUGCACCGACAAAACCAGCAGAUCCUGCACCUACAACGCCAGCGGAACCUGCACCGACAAAACCAGCAGACGUCGUACCUACAAAGCCAGCAGAUCCUGCACCUACAAAGCCAGCAGACCUGACACCUACGAAGCCAGCAGACCUGACACCUACGAAGCCAGCAGAACCUGCACCGACAAAACCAGCAGACGUCGUACCUACAACGCCAGCAGAUCCUGCACCUACAAAGCCAGCGGAACCUGCACCGACAAAACCAGCAGACGUCGUGCCUACAACGCCAGCAGAUCCUGCACCUACAAAGCCAGCAGAACCUGCACCUACAAAACCAGCAGAACCUGUACCUACAACGCCAGCAGAACUCUUACCUACGAAGCCAGCAGAACCUGCACCUACAAAAUCAAUGGAUGAACCAGCGCCUACGAAACCAGCAGAAGCAGUACCUACAAAACCAAUGCAGGACCCAGCACCUACAAAGCCAGCAGAACUUCAACCAGCACCUACAAAGCCAGUACAACCGACGCCUACAGAGCCAACAGAGGAACCUGCACCUACAAAGCCAACGGAACCAGCACCUACAAAGCCAACAGAAAUUCAACCAGCACCCACAAACCCAGCAGAACCUGCGCCUAUAAAGCCAACAGAGGCACCUGCGCCUACAAAGCCAACAGAGGCACCUGCACCUACAAAGCCAACAGAAAUUCAACCGAAAAAGCCAGUAGAACCUGUACCUGCAAAGCCAAUAGAGGAGCCCGUUUCUUCAAAGCCAGCAGAAACAGCGCCUACGAAGCCCGGAGAACAUGCACCUACAAAACCAGCAGAAUCAGCACCUACAGAGCCAGCAAAACCUGAAAUUACAAAGCCAACAGAACCAGAACCAAAACCUGUACCUUCAAAGCCAACAGAGGAACCAGAAUCCACGAAGCCAGUAGAAGAACCUGCACCUACAAGGCCAAAAGAGGAACCUGUGCCCAAAACGCCAACGGAACCCGCACCUACAAAACCAGCAGAAGCUGUACCUACAAAGCCAGCAGAACCUGUACCUACAAAGCCAGCAGAACCGGCGCCUACAAAACCAGCAGAAGUAGCGCCCACAAAGCCAUCAGAACCUGUACCUACAAGGCCAGCAGAACCGGCACCUGCAAAACCAAAAGAGGAACCUACACCUUCAAAGCCAUCAGAACCAGCGCCUACAAAGCCAGCAGAAGCCGCACCUUCAAAGCCAGCAGAUCUCGCACCUACAAAGCCAGCAGAUCUCGCACCUACAAAGCCAGUAGAAAAACCUGCACCAUCAAAGCCAGCAGAACAAGCACCUACAAAACUAGCAGAACCUGUCCCUACAAGGCCAGCAGAACCGCCUGCACCUAGGAAGCCAACGGAGGAACCAGCACCCACAAAGCCAGCAGAACUCACACCUACAAAGCCAGCAGAAAUUGAACCAGCAUCUACAAGGCCAAAAGAAGAACCAACACCUACAAGGCCAAAAGAAGAACCAGCACCUACAAAGCCAGCAGAAAUCGCAACUACAAAGCCAACAGAACCUGUACCGACAAAGCCAGCAGAACUCGCACCUACAAAGCCAGCAGAACCGACACCUACAAAGCCAAAAGAAAAACCAAUACCUACAAAGCCAAAAGAAGAAUAUGCACCUUCAAAACCAACUGGGGAACCUACAAAACCCAAGGAUGAACCUGCGCCAACAAAACCAAACAAAGAACCAGCUUCUGUAAAACCACCAGAAGAAGCUGCUCCUGCAAAACCCAAGAGGCAACCAUCCCCUGCAAAACAACCUGCCUUCAUUGCUCCUUUCGAAGCACCACCUCCCAUAGAGCCCCGGACCCAAUCUGUUCCCUACAAACAUAAGAAAGAACCCGCCAAACAGGAAAAGCCUCAGCAAAGUAAACCCAAACAGGAACCUGCACCUGCUACACCAAAAGAGGAACCUAAACCUGUAGAAAAAGCUGCUCCUUCAAAACCAAAAGAGGAGAUUGUUCCCACGAAACCCAGAGAUGAGCCUGUUCCUUCCAAACGUGUGACAGAGCCUGCUCCCGCAAAAGUGGAAGAACCUCAGCAAAGGAAACCCAAACAGGAACGGAAAAAGGAACCUGCACCUGCUAAACCAAAGGAGGAGCCUCAGCAAACUAAACCUGUAGAAAAAGCUGCUCCUUCAAAACCAAAAGAGGAACCUAAACCUGUAGAAAAAGCUGCUCCUUCAAAACCAAAAGAGGAGAUUGUUUCCCCAAAACCAAGAGAUGAGCCUGUCCCUUCCAAACGUGUGACAGAACCUGCUCCCGCAAAAGUGGAAGAACCUCAGCAAAGGAAACCCAAGAUAGAACCCACUCCAACAAAACCUAAAGAAGAACGUGUACCAGCUAAAAGCAAGGAAGAACCGGCUCCAGCACAACCACAGCCUCGAGAAACCAAGCCAAAAGAACCUGCUCGUGCAAAACCGAAGGAAGAGAUUGCCCCCACUAGACCAAUGACACAACCACAAGAAAAACCCAAAGUGGAAAAACAACAACCCAAAGCAACAGAAAUGCCAUCUACCAAACCCCAAAAAGAAGUUACACCCAGUGCGAAGGAUACGCCUUCUCUCGGUAAACCCAUUGAGAAGAAAUCGCAAACCAGAGCAGAACCUGCACCUGUUCAACCAAAGUCUCAAGAAACCAAACCCGAGGUUAUCACUCCAAGACAGUCUGAAGUUUCGUCCAACAAGCUGGUCAACAACCCGAACAAACCACAGAGAGCUAAAGAGAUACCUUCUCAACAGACAAGACCUAAACAAGAACCAGAGAUGCCACAAGAGACGAACCUGGAUGAUAUUGCUUUUACACCCAGGCCAAAACAAGAAAAGCAAAAAGAGAUAGUCCAAGAACCAGUGAAGAAAGAAAUACCGAAGCAGCAGGAAACAAAACAACAAAAACCCAAGGCACCUGUGGAAGAGGAGAACACGAGGAUACUACCGAAGAGUAUUGAGCUGGCGUAUUGGAUACUGGACAGAGAACGUGACAAAGCUGAAGCGGCAGCUAAACCUGACACUUCUCAGCCAACAGAGCAGAAAGAAAAGCACGCUUCAGAGCAGAUGGAAAAGGCAAAGGCCAAGCAGCCCACUGCAAAGAAAGAGAAGCCAGUUGAGCAGCAGCAAACUCAGUGGGAACCCGACAGGAAAAAAUGGGAGGAGCUUCUCACUCCAGAGCCCAAGGCGACUCAGGCCGAGAAAAAGGCUACAGGACCAACGAAAGUUACAAAAACCGAACCCAAGGUGACAGUGACACCUCCAACACCACAAGAAGCCAGUAAAUCCGAACCCAAGUACCCAGCGGUGGUCCCUAAGGACAUAGAGUCAGCGGUCACACGUGAGGUUGCACCUGAAAAAGAAGUCCGCCCUAAACCUACGCAGUGCUUCGAACCUGCAGGUCCUACCAUGGAACGCAAGGACAUGGGCUCGGCUACGUUUGAUCCACACGAGCUGAAGAAGGCCAACACCAGAGCAAGGAAGAAAUCAGAGGAGAUCGAAGAAAAAUCCAUAGAAGAUGGUCCAGAAGAAGUCAAGUAUGCCACGAUUGACAGGCGCGAACAGAAGAGGAUGAUGAAGAAGCAAGAAGAGCCAGACGACAACGAGAAGGAAAACGUGGCAGAAACAUCAACAUGGCCUCGCAACAAGGAAAAGAAGAACAAAAUGGCAACGGUGCAACCAAUCCAACAAGAAGACAAGCCAGAAAAAAAGCCGUAUACCAGGGACACACAGCUGAACCAACUGAAAAAGAAACUCGAGGAGACUGAACACAAACUGUCCGUGUCUGAAGAUCCUAUUCCUGACAACAAAGCUACAGUCAACAUGGACGCCCUGAAGAUUCACCUGGCCACAGCUGGAAACAAUGUGUAUCUAUUGGCAUUACCCAGCACUCUACCGCGCGCCAAGAAGCCCAAAAUGGUGGACGACAUCAAAACCUGGGAAGAACCGACCACUCUACCUCGGAUGAAGAAGAGGGAGAAGAAAGCAGACGAACCCGUGUGGAUAAAGUCCGAGGAUAAACCGAAGAAGUCCGUUUCCAUCAGCAACACUAUCCACGUGCAGAACGGUCCAGCGAAGUCCAUGAGGAGACCUGAGCCACAGAUACAUGCCCAGUCUACGCCAAACGUCAGUCAACUGCCAAAGCAACAGUUUAGCCAAAGCACCCUUCCACGACCGUCUAAAACUCUCACAGACGAAGAAAGGAAGGAACGAAAGUCGAGGCUGGCGUCGGAAAACACCUGUUUCGUGUGCUCAAAGCCGUUCGAUUCCCCCGAUGAUAUGAUCUGCGUGAACAGCCUAUACUGUCACAAGACAUGCUACGACAGGGUCAAGAAACCGAAGAAAGUCCCGCCAGUUCUGACAAUAACAAGAAAGCCACUGGCUUCGUCACCAGUCAACAGUCCAACAUCGUUCCGGGAUCCGUUCAGUCCACCCCCAACAUCGCCGAUGAGCCUGCCGCCGACCACUCCCGUCUCCCCGUUUCCAGAUGCGAAGAGCCCCGGAGCGCUGUCAUACGCUGCCUCCAUCUGGAGUAGUGCGGAAGCAACCACUUGCUAUGUAUGCCAUCAAGUCAUCGAGGGAAAACGCGCUAUAAGAGUCUUCGACCAUCACGUGUGUGAGGAUCACUUCGAAUGCUACAUGUGCUACAUCAAGUUCACUCCCAAGAGCAAGUUCUUCAAGCUGGACUCCCGCCCUGUUUGUCGAAAGUGCUUCCUCUCCCUGCCAAGAGAGGUGACCAAUCGUCCCAAGAAGCCAUCCUUUGCUAGCUCACUCUUCGGUAACUGUAUUCAGGACGAGGACGAAAAAGAGACGAAGAAGAAGAAGCGAUCCAGCAAUACAACCAGUCCCAAGACACCUCCGGGGAGUCCCAAGAAGUCGAACAAACAGAGGUCUCGAAGUCCGCCCGGAAGUCCCCAACGAAACCGACCUAGCCCCGGCAGUCCCAGAAGAAGUCCUGGAAGUCCCGGAAGAGCCGUUCCUGGAAGUUCAGGACGGGCGGCUCCUGGGAGUCCCGGAAGAGCUGUUCCUGGAAGUCUAGGGCGAGCACCUCCUGGGAGUCCUGGAAGAGCACCUCCUGGAAGUCCUGGAAGAGCGGCUCCCGGAAGUCCCGGAAGAAGAGUGCCUCCUGGUAGUCCCGGAAGAAUGUCACCUGAAGGUACAAGGAGGAUGUCUCCUAACGGUCCAGGAGGAACGGGUCCAAGAAGCCCCGGAGGAAUGUCUCCAGGGAGCCCCCGAAGAAUGGGUUCCUUGCCAAGAGGGCAGCAAAAUCCGAUUCCAGCAGGCUCCGGAAACAAGGACUUUAGUCUUUAAGCAAAGGCGUCCUUAUUUCAGAUUCUAGUUAGUGUCAGGAAUUUGCAUUCAGACUCCAAAAACGUCUAGGAAGAAACGAAAACAUAUUGAUAAUGUUAGAGAUGAUCGUCAUUAUUUAAGGCUAUUUAUGGUAUUUAUGGAAAGUGUUUAAAAAGAAAGGCACAUGUAUGGUAGAAUGGUAUAUGGACUGAUAUUAUCAUCCUGUAUGGAAGAAACGUAGGGAUGUAUGGUAUGCAUUAUUUAAGAAAAGAUGAAAAAGCGAUGUAAAAAAAGAGAAAAGUAGAGACAAAAUCUUGAGUAAGUUAGUAAGGCUAUACAUGCAUAGAGAUAAGUUCUUUGGGAUGAG